GAGGAGCUCUUAGAGACUGGCCUGAAGCCCUUAGAGGAGCAGCUGGAGGGAUUUAAAGAAGUUAAACAAAGCUUUGAAGAAACGGCAGAGCUUAUUAAGGUAAGACAGCCUUGUAAUGUUACAAUGCAAUAUGCAUAUGAAAAGUGUAUCAGAAUGAUUUUUUUUUGCAUUUGGCUUGAGCCAAAAGGGGUCCCAUAAAUGGACAUAAAUAUUGCCCAGAAAUGACCUAAUUGGACAGAAAGGGGUACACCUUCCCAUGACUAUGAGCAAAAGCCUUAUACUAAAGAUUGUGUGGUUUUAUGAGUCUAGAAAUUGAUUGUUAUAUCAUGGGCAUAUGAACCAUACAGGCAACACUCAAGCCAACAUUGUGUAAACAAUAAGCAACUAAAGUUCCAAACUGCCUCUUUAACAGUACUGUGUGUUUUGAAAAGCUUUUCAGAUUGAUAUGAAUUACAGUGUAAUGCCUGAUGAUGAUGAUAACACUAACUGUCUCCAGAGCCAGGCCCAGCAGACAGAAAAGCAGAUUCAGGAGGACUUUGAGAAACUUCACCAGUUUCUACGAUAUGAAGAGGCAGCCAGGAUAGUGGUCCUAAGGGAGGAAGAGGAAGAGAAGGGUCGAAGGAUGAAGAAGAGGAUUGACGAUAUGAACAGAGAGAUGGCAGCCAUUUUAGACACAAUGAGAGCCAUAAAGAAGGACCUGGUAUCUGAUGACAUCUCAUUCCUGCAGGUAAGGACCAAUAUCUCUGUGUUGUCUAUAAUUUAUUUGGGAUACAUUUAUUGAUUAACUGAUAUGAUUGAUUUCAGUGAUUACAUUUAUUAUUGAUUUAUUUGCUCUUUUGUUCUCCUGCAGAACUACAAAGACACGUAAAAAAGGUAAGGCUAUGUCCCUAACCCUAAGUGACGGGCCUCUUCUCUCGCUCUUCCCUGUGGUUCUGAACCCCACCGUAUCACUAACUCCUGAAUGUUAUUCUAGAGCCCAGUGCACAAGGCCAGAUCCAGAGCUUGUUUCAGGAGCGCUGAUCGAUGUGGCAAAGCACCUGGGCAACCUGCCGUUCAGAGUUUUGGAGAAGAUGCUGAAGUCUGUUCAAUACAGUGAGUCUGAUUUUAUUCUUACCAAUGUUCAUAUCUUCACAAAAAAUAGUAAAUUGCAUUCAGACAAUUUCAGACAAAGAAAAAUAUCAAUAAUCUCCCAGUAAAUUAAACAAACAGUGGUUAUCUGGUUUUAAAAAUGUCUCUCUUUUUCUCUGUUCAGCUCCUGUGAUUCUGGACCCUAACACUGCCCAUCCAUGUCUCAUCCUGUCUGACGAUCUGACCAGUAUGAGAUUCAGUGAUGGGAUACGGCUGCUUCCUGACAACCCAGAGAGGUUUGAUAACUAUCGCAUGGUCCUAGGCUCUGAGGGCUUUGACUCCGGGACACACAGUUGGGACACAGACGUCGGGGACAAUACAGUAUGGUUUGUAGGUGUAGUCUAUAUGUCUGUCCAGAGGAAGGGAGUGGUACAGACUGGACUCUGGCGUGUAGGUUAUUAUAAUGAUAAAUACUGUGCACGUUGUCCAAAAGGGCCACAGACUGUCCUAACACUGGAAAGGAAACCCCAGAGGAUUAGAGUGCAGCUGGACUGGGACAGAGAAACACUGUCCUUUUAUGACCUUGAUAAUAACACACACCUACACACGUUCACACACUUUUACCGAGAGAGUGUUUCCAUACAUCAAUAUUGGCAGUGAUCUCUACCCUGCUAGGAUCUUACCAGGGAAAGCCUCUGUAACAGUGGAACAGCAUGUUAUACCUCCCCACGUCAGCUCUUCUUCCUUUUAA